GGAUCCCCUCAGUGCCCAUGCUCCACAACCCUUGGUUUUGCUCAGUGCCACCCACCUCCUUUGCGGUCUGGCUUCCUCAACGUGUUUACUUUGCGACUCUGUCGCGUAACACCACGCUUUACGGUCUUGGAGACUGAGUCAGGCGUCGCCAUGGCCACACCCUCGGAGAAGCAUUCCUGGUGAGUGGUUUUGAUGCCCGGCGUGGGGGCGAGAGCGGAGUGUGGCCGGCUUUUCGUCGACGCGGAACAAAGAGUGGUCCCGGAAGCUGCGCCGUCGGCGUCCAGGGACGGCCGGAGGGGCUCCAACAGCAGUGGCAGAGGCGCGGCAGACGCCUCCUGGACUGGGAGUACCGGCCGGGUGGGCUUCCCGGGAAGGAUGAGUUUGACACCGAAGGAGCUCUCGAGCCUGCUGAGCAUCAUCUCUGAGGAGGCCGGCGGCGGCAGCACCUUCGAGGGCCUGUCUACCGCCUUCCACCACUACUUCAGUAAGGCCGACCACUUCCGCCUGGGCUCGGUGCUGGUGAUGUUGUUGCAGCAGCCGGACUUGCUGCCCAGCGCUGCGCAGCGGCUCACGGCGCUCUACCUGCUCUGGGAGAUGUACCGCACCGAGCCGCUCGCCGCCAAUCCCUUCGCUGCCAGCUUUGCGCACUUGCUCAAUCCCGCACCGCCGGCCCGGGGCGGCCAGGAGCCGGACCGGCCGCCGCUCUCAGGAUUUUUACCUCCUAUAACUCCACCAGAGAAGUUUUUUCUUUCCCAGCUAAUGCUGGCACCCCCAAGGGAACUCUUUAAAAAGACACCUCGACAGAUUGCCUUGAUGGACAUUGGAAACAUGGGCCAAUCUGUGGAUAUUAGCGGGCUUCAGCUAGCCUUGGCUGAACGCCAAUCUGAAUUGCCAACCCAAAGUAAGGCUGGCUUCCCUAGUAUUCUCAGUGACCCAGACCCAGAUUCUUCUAAUUCUGGAUUUGACAGCUCAGUUGCCUCUCAGAUCACGGAAGCAUUAGUCAGUGGCCCAAAGCCACCUAUUGAAAGCCAUUUUCGGCCAGAGUUUAUUCGUCCACCACCUCCACUCCAUGUUUGUGAGGAUGAGCUGGCGUGGCUAAAUCCAACAGAGCCUGACCAUUCGAUUCAGUGGGAUAAGUCGAUGUGUAUUAAGAAUAGCACGGGUGUAGAGAUCAAGCGAAUAAUGGCCAAAGCCUUCAAAAGCCCCCUAUCUUCUCCUCAGCAAACACAGCUCCUUGGUGAGUUGGAAAAAGACCCCAAACUUGUUUAUCAUAUUGGCCUUACUCCAGCCAAACUUCCUGACCUAGUGGAAAAUAACCCUCUAGUCGCCAUAGAAAUGUUGCUGAAGUUAAUGCAAUCAAGCCAAAUCACCGAAUAUUUUUCAGUCCUGGUCAAUAUGGAUAUGUCUUUACAUUCCAUGGAAGUUGUAAAUCGACUGACAACAGCUGUUGAUCUACCUCCUGAAUUUAUUCACCUUUAUAUAUCAAAUUGCAUCUCUACCUGUGAACAAAUUAAGGAUAAAUAUAUGCAGAAUCGUUUGGUGCGUCUUGUGUGUGUCUUUCUCCAAUCCUUGAUCCGUAACAAAAUUAUUAAUGUGCAGGACUUGUUUAUAGAAGUGCAGGCAUUCUGUAUUGAAUUCAGUAGGAUACGAGAAGCUGCUGGUCUUUUCCGGUUGUUGAAGACAUUGGACACUGGGGAAACACCUUCUGAGACCAAAAUGUCAAAAUAAUAUCCUAUCAGAACCACCCCAUUCAUUGUUCAGCUGUACUGCAAUUCAUUUUUUAAAACUGUUAUAACCCUAA